AUGAUCAUCAUUAGCAGUCUAGCGAACAUUACACGGCAGUGGAUCCAGUCGUGUCUGAUGAAGAAUGGCACACUGCUGGGGCUCUUGGGUGCCGAGACCCUAUUCUCGAACCUUUCACUACUAGUCUCACGUGAGUUUUGGGUGGCCGUACGCUACUGCCUCUCUGCGCUGCGAGGUGGUGCUAGUAGGAGGGGUGAGUUGGCGGGUAAAGCUGAGCUUUCCAGUGAGCAGCAGCGAUUAAGAAGGCAGCUUACUACCUCUCUUGGCCUUUUUCUUC